AUGCCCCCAGUACACUCUCGCCGAGGCAAGGCGAGCGUUGGCAAGUGCGAGAGUGUACUCGGUUCGCUCGUCUUCUCUCGCCUUGACUCGGGUCGCCUCGCCUCGCCUAGCCUCGUGCUCGCCGGCGCUCCAUCUGUAGUCGGUUUUUUGACACGAGUCAAAGGACCCGAGACUGCACGAGUGGCGAGCGCUACUUCCACAUCGAAGUUUAUUCCAUUUCGACUGCGAGAAAAUGCGAGAGUGUACACGGUUACCUCGCAUAAGCUCUCGCCCGAAUUACUCGGCGAGUGCCUCGGUGAGCGUCUCGGCGAGAGUAUCUUCAUCAUAGCCGCUGUUUUGGCGGCUGCCUACGCCAGGCCGCAACUAUCUAGUCAAUAUGGUCUGCCCAGCGCCGCACCCCCAGCGUUUGCACCACCUCCUGUAGUAUACGCUCCACCUCCACCACCACCCCCAGUAUACGCUCCACCCCCUCCAGUGUACGCCCCACCCCCUCCAGUGUACGCCCCACCUCCACCCCCACCACCAGUGUACGCUCCCCCUCCUCCUGCGUAUGCUCCACCCCCACCACCACCACCUCCACCUCCCCCACCUCCUCCUCCACCCCCACCACCCCCACCACCAGUAUACGCCCCACCUCCCCCAGUAUACGCCCCACCUCCCCCAGUAUACGCCCCACCUCCCCCAGUAUACGCCCCACCCCCACCAGUCUAUGCUCCACCUCCACCACCCUACGCUCCUCCCCCACCAAUCUACGCCCCUCCUCCUCCAGCAUAUGCUCCACCUCCCCCACCACCACCUCCACCACCACCACCACCUCCCCCACCUCCACCACCACCCCCACCACCUCCUCCACCCCCACCAAGCACCUACGGACUGCCUUCUUUCUAA